AUGGAGGAAGAUUUGCGAGAGCGCGAUGAGUUUGAACAACGCCUGCGGGCGAAGGAUGAGGCGAAGACGAAAAAGUUGAGCGGCGAUCGAGGACCGACGGAGGCGGAGCGCGCGGAAGCCGAGCGUCGAGGCGCGCAUUUGGAGACGGAUGAACAGCGCACAGAUUUAGUGCCCGAACUCAGAAAGGUAUCGCGGCAAGAGUACUUGAAGAAACGCGAGCUUCAAAAGCUCGAGGAGCUGAAAGAAUCGAUCAAAGAGACGGAGUACUUUUACGAAGGCCAAGACGUGACGGAGGAGCAGCGCAAGGAUUUAGAAAAGAGGAAGAAGGUUUACGAGCUCGCGAUGGAGCAAAUCAAUAGCAUUAACGACGCCUUAGAGGAGCGUUACUCUAUACCCACGGCGUACGACGAUCCGAACAAGCCGAAGUCCACGAACGAACGGUUCGCGGUGGCGAGACAACGAUACAAGGAGCCCGACCCCGAGGACGACGCGAAUCCUUUCAAGGAUCAAGACCAGUGGGAGGCGCAUCAAGUCAAACAAGCGCAGGCGCAGUUCGGAGCGAAGAAUAAGAAAUCUGAAGUCAAGGAGUACGACUUGGUGUACGACGAUCAAAUCAAGUUCAUCAAGGAUGAAAUCAUGGCGGGCGACGGCGUGGCCAAGAUAGAAGCCGAUCGCAAGUCGCUUCCGAUUUUUCCAUACCGCGAGUCUCUCAUCAAGGCGGUGGAGGAUCACCAAGUCGUCGUCAUCGUCGGCGAGACGGGUUCGGGCAAGACGACGCAAAUUCCGCAGUACAUGUGGGAAGCUGGUUUCGGUGGCAAGACGCAAAAAAUCGGUUGUACGCAGCCGAGACGAGUGGCGGCGAUGUCCGUCGCGUCGCGCGUCGCGGAGGAAGCGGGCGUAAAGCUCGGUCACGAGGUUGGCUACACCAUUCGUUUCGAGGACUGCACCAACGACAAGACGCGAGUCAAGUACAUGACGGACGGGAUGCUCUUGCGCGAAUUCUUGGGUGAGCCAGACUUGUCGUCGUAUGCGGUGAUGAUGGUGGACGAGGCGCACGAGCGCACGCUGCACACCGACGUUCUUUUUGGCCUCGUCAAGGAUAUCGCCAGAUUCCGACCGGAGAUCAAGCUUCUCAUCUCCUCCGCCACGCUCGACGCGGAAAAGUUUAGCGAGUACUUUGAUUUCGCACCGAUUUUCAGAAUUCCCGGUCGUCGAUUUCCGGUGGAUAUUCUCUACACACAGCAACCCGAGGCAGAUUACGUGGACGCCACCGUGGUGACGGUGUUACAAAUUCAUCUCACCCAACCCGAGGGCGACAUUUUAGUCUUUUGCACCGGUCAAGAGGAGAUUGAAAGUUGUGAGGAACUGUUGAAGACGCGCAUCCACGAGAUGGAGAAGAAACCUCCCGAGCUUAUCAUCGCGCCCAUUUACGCAUCGCUGCCAAGCGACAUGCAGGCGAAGAUUUUCGAGGACACGCCCAAGGGAUCGCGAAAAGUCGUCCUGGCGACGAACAUCGCCGAGACGUCGCUCACGAUUGACGGCAUCAAAUACGUGAUUGAUCCUGGGUUUUGCAAGCAAAAGAGUUAUAACCCACGCACGGGGAUGGAGUCACUCGUCGUCACCCCCACAUCGCAGGCGAGCGCGUUGCAGCGCGCCGGUCGCGCCGGUCGUACAUCGGCGGGAAAGUGUUUCCGUCUAUACACGGCGUGGAGUUUCCAAAACGAACUCGACCCGAACACCGUACCCGAAAUUCAGCGCACGAACCUCGGGAACGUGGUGUUGAUGUUGAAAUCACUCGGAAUCAACGAUUUGAUGCACUUCGACUUCAUGGAUCCGCCCCCGGCCGAGACGUUACUUCGAGCGCUCGAACAACUGUACGCCCUCGGCGCGUUGAACGAUAGAGGCGAGCUCACGAAACUCGGGCGCAAGAUGGCUGAGUUCCCUCUGGACCCGAUGCUUUCGAAGACGCUCUGCGCGAGUGACAAGUACAAAGUAAGCGAUGAAGUGAUGACGAUUUGCUGCAUGCUGUCGUGCGGAAACACGGUAUUUUAUCGUCCCAAAGACAAGCUACAGCUCGCCGAUCACGCGCACAAAUCCUUUCACAUCGGCAACGUCGGCGAUCACAUCGCGUUAUUAAACGUAUACAACUCAUGGCGUGACGCCGACUUUUCUGUCACGUGGUGUUACGAAAACUUUGUGCAGCAGCGGACGAUGAAAACGGCGCGAGAUAUUCGAGAACAGCUCGAAAAGCUCCUCGAGCGCGUCGAAAUCGAGCCGUCGUCGAACACAAACGACCUCGACGGCAUUAAAAAGUGCAUCACGAGCGGAUUCUUCUACCACACCGCCAAACUGCAAAAGAACGGCAGCUAUAGAACGGUGAAGAAUCCGCAAACCGUGGCCAUCCAUCCGUCGAGCGGGCUCGCGAAGGAGCUUCCGCGCUGGGUCGUGUACUUUGAGCUCGUGUACACGUCCAAGGAAUACAUGCGGCAAGUAAUUGAAAUCAAGCCCGAGUGGCUCGUGGAGAUCGCGCCGCACUAUUACAAACGGAAAGAAAUCGAAGGAGAAACCAUCAAGACCGGCAAGGCGGCCGCGGGGAAGAAAUCAGACGUCGUCUUGGCGUGA